AUGUCCCUCGAAGACACGACAAACACGGCCAAGCAGACGCCGCAGCUCGACAAGCAGGAGACCAACCAGUCGACGGCGAGCGCUGGCGCGUCCGAUCCCUUGUCCGGCCAUCUGAACCAUCUGUCCGAGAAGCAGGUGGAGGCUCUCGAGGCCUUUAAGCAGCAGUGCGUAGAGCGCAAGAUAUAUACGCCGGCCAAGGACGGCCAGGCGGCGAGCCACGACGACUCGACUUUGCUACGGUUCCUCCGAGCUCGCAGGUUCGAUGUUAACGGCGCCCUGGGCCAGUUCCAGGCGACGGAGGACUGGCGGAGGGACAACGAGAUCAAUAAGCUGUACGAGAACUUCGACGUAGACUCAUACGAAGAAGCUCGCAAAGUGUAUCCGCAAUGGACCGGACGACGAGAUCGCAGAGGCAUACCGAUCUAUGUCUACACCAUCAAGGACCUAAAUAGCAAGAACAUGACGGCCUACUCCUCGUCUGCGGCCACCACUGCUACCUCGGCGACACACUCCUCGUCGAAGGUGCCGGCGCGUCUGCUGCGUCUCUUUGCGCUGUACGAGAACAUGGUUCGGUUCGUGCUGCCGCUGAGCUCACGCCUGAGCCGGCCAAACCCAGAGGUGCCUAUAGUUAAUACCACGAAUAUUGUUGAUAUAACCGGCGUUGGCCUGAAGCAGUUUUGGAAUUUGAAGGGUCAUAUGCAGGAUGCAAGCACCUUGGCCACUGCACAUUAUCCCGAGACCCUUGAUAGAAUAUUUAUUAUUGGCGCUCCAGUCUUCUUCCCCACGGUCUGGGGCUGGAUAAAGCGCUGGUUUGACCCCGGCACAACGUCCAAGAUAUUCAUACUCACUGCCGCCGAGGUGCAGAAGACGCUCUCCUCGUUUAUGGAUGAAGAGAAUAUCCCGAAGCGGUACGGAGGCAAGCUUGACUGGGACUUUGGCGAUAUGCCGAACCUGGACGAAGAAGCGAGAGCCCUCGUCGGGUCCAUCGAGCGAGUCGGCCAGUACGCUGACAAGCCGGAGGACAGCGAAGGGGCCGCACAGGAUGUAGCAACCAGAAAGGCCAACUUCGUCAAGGGCCCAGUUGUGAUCCACGACGACAAGAUAGAUGUCUACGGCAGCGUCAAGGGGGAGACCAGACGGAAGACCCUCCCGCUGCCCAUCAGCCCGAACGAGAAGCAAAACCCCGAACCUACGGAGCAGAAACAGGAGUCCGGCGAGACCUCUGAUGCCACCACUGUCGAGCUGUCCAAAGACCUAGAGAAGGCCGCUCUGUCUCGUAGCGAGAACGAACCCCCAACCGCCAGCGUUGCUGCUCAUGCGUGA